AAUUUCUCAGAAUGAAGCCGUCUUACCCUACUCGGCGCACAAUAACAAACGUAGACAUGAAAGGACUCGAGAAGGCUUUUCUGCUUUGGAGCAUAAUCUUCAUCUUAAGUCUCGCUUGCUUUCAGGAGGUAUCUGCUUCUUUGGGUAAGUCACAGAUUUUUGACAAGUAAUCAUUUCCUGUUCAAAACGAACCGAAAUUGUUUAAAUACAAGCUAUGGCACGCUCAAUUAGAAGUUGAAAGUUGAUGCGGAAAAGCCAACAGGCUCCUAACUAAAGGUAAAAUAGGACCAGAAAAAAUCAAUUGACGAUGUAUUGAUCGAAAGAUUACCAGUCAUUGAGUUCAAAUAGGAGUUAUGCCAAGAGUAGUGUAAUUAUAAGGCCUUCUGAUUUACACCAUUGUCCUCGAACGUAUUUCUACAUCUUUUUAUUUAUUCAUAAACCUCUUUAUGACACCAUGGUCUGAUUAUUUAAAUAAAGGUUAGACGUUGCUUAACAAAGCCGCGUCCUAAACAAUUUCAAACUCUUUACGGUGGCCAAUUUACAUUAUCAACCAAGUCGCUAAUUUUAAAUUACCCUGCUAUACUCUCCCAACGACGCAGCACCACAGUUUCUUUAGAAACUUAACCCUUUUAAUCUUCAAUUUAGCUAAACCUUUAAUCUGAACAUUUAUUUCUGUGAACAGUGUCAAAAGGACCGAAAGCUAGCAGUGCAGAGACAUUUACUUAAUUAAAUGAGAGGUCAUCGAGAAAGUCUGAAGUCCACUGAUUGCGUAAAACCGUGCAUUAUGUUAGACCUCGUGAUAACAACCGGCCCCACGUAUUUUUGGGAUUUCUUGUAACCUUUUCUUUUUUCGAAGGAAAGAGACAUCCGUACUUGGAGUAUUAGAAUAUAAUGCAAUAAUGACAAAAUAAUGGAAACUUUCGGAAUCUGUUCUUCACUGUUAUUAUGCUUCCGACCCCGAUCGAGUUUACUUAUUUAGGCUCUGUGCCUCAAAAAAGAAAAAAAAACCAUAUCGGCAAUUAAAACAAAACUUAGUAAAGACAGAUUCCAACGGAGCCCUGUUGUAAAGAAGUCGGUCUUAUUCGAAAUUAAUGCAUACUAAUAAUUUGUUAACAACCGUGGAAUUUGAUCGUUGAGUUACAGAAGGUCUUUACUUUCCAAUAUUUGCGGUAUGAAAACAAAGUGAGAUGUAAAAGAAAGAAAAAAAACAACAAUUCAUUGCAUGCAGAAUUAAAUGUUGCCAUUGAAAAUGAGGGUUAACCUCUGAUAAAGAUAAAUAAAAUAAACCAUGAUAAUUUCAGUAUCAUUAGAUUUGCUUUGCCAUUAGCAGAUUAAGUGAAUUGAUGAGAUUCUGAGACAGACUUUGACCUUGAAAAACUGUCUUGUGUAGUAACGCAACUGCCAUGAAAACGAAACGGAAAAAAAGUUCCGCAUUCGUUUUUAUCAAAAAAAAUAUUAGAAGAUUUUGUAUUUUUGCAUGUAACAUCGCUUUUAACAUAAUAAAUCAACUUUUGGAAAUUUGAAAUUCAUGCUAAUUUGAAAUCUGGACUCCAUUACUUCGUGUCCAGUAAUAAACAAUCAGAUAAUGAGUAUCGAUCGAGAAAAGAGAAUGUGCGCACAACGUGUUUGUGCCCCUGAGUGCCCCCCUUCAGAGACGGAAGCAAAACUUAUUUCUCUAAUUCAAGUUGGUUUCGUCUUUACUCUGUAUUCAGCAGGACUGGGGAGUCCUUUUGAUAAUAUCAUACUUGUUCAAAGAACACGCUUGAUAAAGUGAACUAGGCUGAGCAACGCUUCACCAAAAACAUUUAAUAUUUUGAAAAUCGAAUUUUCUAUUGUCAUUCUUGUAAACGACUCAGUGGGAGAAUGAUGGCUCAUAACCAUUUUUCCCGUAGAAAAAUGUACAUUCUCCUUUUCAUGGGCGAAAAUAAUGGACUAUGAGAUCAGAAAUAUUACGUUUAUUGUGCUGUAUAUAUAUCUAGAGAUAUAUGUUUUUUUGGGGGGGGGGGGUAGAAAGGGUGAGAUAUGAGGAAUAUGGUAAUUCCUCACCGGUACCAAAUCUUGAUUUGAGAUCGAUUAUCAUUAAUUCGCCUCUGAAUUUUUUAAAAAAAUGUAUUAUGGUUGUUUACGAUUAUUUUCCUUUGUUUGUUCUUUUUCAUAGCAAUGAGACAUUCGUGCAACUCGCCAUGCCUUCUGGUUGCAAAUGAAAAACACAUAUUAGCUUUGGAUUACGACAACAAGUCGGUAUUUCCGGUCGUUUCCAAUUUAUCAUUCGCUGUAGAUGUAGACUUUCAUUACAAUAAGGGCUACAUAUUUUGGUGCGACUAUGAAAGUAUCCAGCGCUCGAACAUGGACGGCACAAACAUCACAGUUAUCCACAAUGACACAUAUUGUUAUGGGUUGGCAGUAGAGUGGGACUCAUUGCAGCUGUAUUGGACCGGUUAUCACAACAAAACUAUAAUGGUAUCAGACCUCGAUGGAAAUAACAAACGCAUUGUUUUCUCUUCGCUCUCUGGACCAGCCGAUAUCGUUCUUGAUCCACACCAAGGGUAUGUACUUUAUGAACGCGUGGAAGAUCCCGCAAACUAAUUAUUAGUUAGUGGAGACUUUUUCAAUGAAAAUUUAAGGUUGAGAUAAAAUGGUGAAGUAAAUUGCUUAUAAAUCUAAUAACCGAUGCAGCUGAGUAAUUUUCUCCACAGAUUGAUGUUUUGGAUUGAUAGGGGAAAUAUUUCUAAGGUGGAAAGAUCAACUUUAUACGGAACACAGCGUGUCACUAUAGCGGUACAUAAUUAUCCGUAUUCAACUGGUAUCACUCUUGAUAGAAGAAGAAAGCUUAUAUUCUGGCUGAGUCAAUGGAACUUGAUAGAGUCCAUAGACUAUAGUGGCAACAAUAGAAGGAAAGUUUUUCAAAGAGAUGGAGUCAACUUUUUUGGACUUACUUUUAUCUCGUCUGAUUUAUUCGCCGCUAACUGGUGGUGGUUAUCAGGGAGCUUUUAUAGACUGAAUCCCUCCAAUGGAAAAGUUAAAAGCAAUGUAACCAUCGCAAGCUAUUGGGGAAACGUUUAUGGUCUUGUUGCAUAUGAUAGCGCCUUGCAGUUACCAGGUUUGCCAUCAAUUUAUUCAAACUUGAACUGGUUAUUCUGGAAUUUGGAACUUUAAUCCUGUGAUUGAAGACUGUGGCAGUCUAGUCCGAUAUAAACAAUGAUCCCAAGCAAAACUGAGCGACAUUGACCACUCUCACUAAUUAAUUCAUUGCUGUAUGUAAGUGGUUGUAAAAUUACAUUUGUAUAAUUCCACAGUCAGAUUAUUAUGAAAAGAGAAAAAUGGACCCCUUUCGUUUUAAAUGUCAAGAGAGAAGCAAUAAUUAUAAACUACAAAUCUAGAGGUUGCUAAUACCAAUUAAAAGCUAAAACUCGACAAAAUAUCUCCCAGUUGGCUCGGUUGGUUAACAAAACUGCGUUCUAAACUAUCUUGAAUUUAGCUGAAUCUUUUAUCUGAACAUUCAUUACUGUGAAUAGCGUCAAGAGGCCGAAAGCAAGGAGCUUCUUUUUCUUUAGAGCUAUCUAGGACUUUUCUUAGGGGAGUGUUUGAAUAAAAGCAUAUGAGUACAUAUAGGAACGUGGGAAAAUGGUCGAACGUUUCUAAAGAACCAUGAGAAUUUUCCAAUAAGUCUUCUGCGUAAAUGAAUGGUAACGCCAUUAUUCAACGAGUUUGCGAACACCGGUUAAUUUUGAAAGAAGCAAGUGUUUUUGACUUUCGAUUUCAUUAUAGUAAAUUCCAGUCCAUAAGAGCCACUGAUUUUAGGGUAGUCUGCCCAAAUUUUGUUUUCAUCUUUAGGAGGUCUAGGAAAGUCUCUAAGGGGAUCGAAAUGAUCUUUGUGAACUUUAGUAUUAUCAACUCCUUACCUGCAUGCGAAGGCAAAUGUAAAUUGGAAAAAGAAAAAAUUGAGUUUAAAUGUUGUAUUUAAUCAACGUUUUUAUUUGGCUUCUUGCUUCUGAAAGUUAAUAAAACUUUCAAUCAUCUUAUAACCAUAUUGAUUAUUAUCUAUGUAUGUUGUAUUGCAGAGAUCACAUGCCCAGUACUGUCUCCACCAACUCAUGGAACAAGAUAUGGAUGUCCAGGAAAUUUGCCAUUAUAUAACGGUACCGUCUGUCGGUUCACGUGUAAUAAUGGCUAUGUAGGAUCAGGAUCUCAAGUCAGAAGGUGUCAGUACGAUGGAAUUUGGAGUGGACAGAACUUCGUUUGUAAAAGUAGGUUCCCAAAGUUUAUCAGAUAGAAAGAGUAAUGUUCAUACGUCAAAACAAACAAGAAGUCAUUGAUAACUGAUUGCGGAAAAUGUUAGUUUAUCUCAGCUUCUUUCUAUUUUUUUAGUCAUCAACUGUACAUCGCUGAUGAUAAAUUACAUUUGCAGCUCAGUUCUAACACAGGGCUGUGUCUAAGAGCUCGGCCAACCAAUAUAAUUAUUCCAGUUCAUUUAGUUCUCCCACACGCGCAGUCAAUAACCAUUGAGUUUUUCUAAAACCGAAAAAAGAGGUAAUUCUUCAGUCGAUAGUUGAUGAAAUGCGAGAGUUAUGAAACUCCAAACUAUCCCCUUGUUAUACCUGAUUGUGAGCUUUUUAAAAUCAUGUUUAUUUGACACUGUUCUAGUUUUGAUUCUGGUCUUGCCAUUUAGUUUGCCACUUAUACAUUUAUAAAAGACACUACAUGCCGUGUUAAGUGUAAAUUUUUUAGCCGAGGAUCGGAGAACCAUUUCUACCCGACAUCAAAUGUCUGCGUGGCUUCCGCUGAACUUAUUUCUCUCUAUAGUCAGAAUUAAAUGCCAGGUUGUGAUAUACUCGAAAGAUGAGUGUCAUGCUAAUUAUAAUCGGAUUUCUUCUUCAGCUUUAAAGUGCCCGACCUUGUCAUUACCGAGGAAUGGUGUCCUCUUGGGAUGUAACACCAAUAACACAGAGAUGUCAUAUGACACUGAAUGCAGGUUCUUUUGUAAGGAAGGAUCUGAAGCGAUUGGUGCAACAAUAAAGAGGUGUGCUGAAAAUGGAACGUGGAUUGGACCAGACCUUGCUUGUCCAGGUACGAGAGAUGCGAACUAUUGGUACUAUCAAAAUGUAAUGGAAUUUAAGUGGUUUUCGCUAGUUUUUACUUGUUGUAUUCAUUGCGUCGCAUGACGAAUCGAUUCGAGAUCGUCAGUGGUCUUUACGCCCAACGUUUGCAGCGAUUGUAGACCGCGAUAGUCGACCUAACAUCGUUGCACCGUUAAUUCUCGGGACCACGCGGUUGAUCUCAUAUCUCUGUACAUGGAUCAAUCAAUGUAUGGUGAAAGAGAUCUAAUAACUUGACGACCCUGGAUCACGAAUCGAUACAGGGUCGUCAAUAGUCUUCAUAAGGUUGAAGCAGUUGUAGAUCAUGACAAUCAAUCAAACAACAUCGCAGCAAUCUUAUGUAUGGGGCCUGUCAGAUGAUUCCAUGCUUCUGCGCAUCAAUCACUCGAUUUAUAAUCGUAGAAUGGAUCUUCACUGUCUUUAUGUGUUUAAGACUCAGUGACGAUACAUUUGCCAUUAUCUGGCUGUAUUCAAUUUUCUCAAUGAUAUCAAUAUUGAACAAGCGGCGACAUGUGCAGGUUCGCUAUAUUACACUUCUACUAUAAAUUCUAACUUUCUUGAGGGCUUGGUCCUGUUUACAUCUUAAGCCGUUGUUACGAUAUCGCUGUUGAUUUGAUAGGUAUGAAUCAUAAAGUCUUUAAUUUAUACAGAAUAGCUAUGAACUCACCGUAGAUUGCCAACGAUUGAGCUGAAAAAAAAUACUUACAAGCACGAGGUUUACGUUAUGAUGAUGAUGAUGAUAGCUUGUCUCGGUUAUAGAUCCAACGAGUGGUAAGUACACAAUGAUACAAUAUCUGCAGAUCAAUAUUUGAAAACUCUCUACAUAGCUUGAAGGUUUGCAUACUCAUGUAGAUGUUUAGGAAUAAUAGUUAUCAUCUUAACAAGCCAAGAUUUCCCGAGGUGCAAAUAGAGAAGCUUGAGUAUCGUGAGGGGGAAAAUAUUGUUUCAGUACACCUGAACGUAAAGAAGCUGUAUACUCCAAAUUAGCCAUGCGAAAUGCGUUCUGUUUACUUUCACUUACUCUCGAUAAUAUCUCCUACCUCUCCUUCAGAUCUUUCAGCAGGGACUGUGCUGGGUGAGUCCUUCCUCGAGCAGACGAUUCAGGACCGCCUACAGUAUUCUGAAUGAGACAUAUAACCCUUUCCCACACACCCUCCCCCGGCUGCCGUCUGCAUACUUUUUCCUCAGGUCCUCGCCUACCUUGACUUAUCGCGCCUGGCUUGUCCUGUUCACAAAGUUCAAGGCAUCUUCCAGAAAGCCUGCGAACCUGGGUAUAAUACAACGCUGAGAGGCCAUAUCUGACUACAUCACUGAGGAGAAGACUAAGCAAAGCUAUGUUAUGAGUUAAAGCAUUAAGCUCGUUAUUACGAGCGUUCGGAGUUCUUCAUUGUUGCUGAUGGAGUGCAGUAAAUAAUGUUCAACGCAAGAAAAAGAGUGAGAAAAACGUUCAAUGGCAAAACUUAAGGAGUUUGCACAAACUAAGCACUUAACAUGAUGAAAUAAAAAAUAAUAACAAAAAAAGUAAGCGUAAAUGUUUCUUAAAGUCGAAGGCAAUACAUCGAAAGGCGCGAUUUUCAUAUAUAACUAUAGCAACAGUGAUCUUCAAGCGUGUGAAGAUAUCAUAUAUUCGUGCGAAAUAAAGAUCUCGUGUUAAAAGCUAGUUCUUUUGUUUUAGCGUGCGAGCGUGCCGUGUGCGUGCGUUCACCAUAUUCCCUGAAUCCCGCGGAGGGUCACAUAUAAUAAAUUUUGAGUUCCAUUGUUGAAGAAGACACAUGUUGUUAAUUUGUCACAAAUGCUGAACGAAGGAAAAAUCAGAGUCCGCUUUGACAAAUCGAACCACAGACCUUCGGAAUUCACGGUUCGAUGAUCUACCAUGGAGCUUAAAGAGCACUCGUUGAUGACCAAGGCCGUAUACUUGGCUCGAGUUUAUUUGAGACAUUUCUGGUUUAAUGUAUUCAGUCUCUGAACUCAAUAGCACUCAGUUAUCGCAUUUCUGAUUCUAACGGGGAUGCGAGACUAAUAAUACCCUUGUAUAAAAAUUCAAUCGCCUAUCCUCCCCGCUAACGUCCCACCACUUCAUAUACGAACAUACGAGGCCAUUUAAGCCCUUUUGAACCGAGAUCUUUUUUAUAGGAGCAAUUAAAAAGAUAGUAUUUUUGUGAAGUUUCAUCGGGGGCUUUGUCAAAUCUUAUCUACCAGUAAGUCCAGCAGAGCGUUAUCGCCCAGUUCACCUCCUAUUUAAAUUCUACCCAGGCCCCUCUCUUACGUGUUACGAUAUCCAUGACUAAAAGAAUGAAGCCGUCUUACCCUACUCGGCGCACAAUAACAAACGUAGACAUGAAAGGACUCAAGAAGGCUUUUCUGCUUUGGAGCACAAUCUUCAUCUCAAGUCUCGCUUGUUUUCAGGAGGUAUCUGCUUCUUUGGGUAAGUCACAGAUUUUUGACAAGUAAUCAUUUCCUGUUCAAAACGAACCGAAAUUGUUUAAAUACAAGCCAUGGCACGCUCACUUAGAAGUUGAAAGUUGAAGCGGAAAAGCCAACAGGCUCCUAACUAAAGGUAAAAUAGGACCAGAAAAUAUCAAUUGACGAUGUAUUGAUCGAAAGAUUACCAGUCAUUGAGUUCAAAUAGGAGUUAUGCCAAGAGUAGUGUAAUUACAAGGCCUUCUGAUUUACACCAUUGUCCUCGAACGUAUUUCUACAUCUUUUUAUUUAUUCAUAAACCUCUUUAUGACACCAUGGUCUGAUUAUUUAAACAAAGGUUAGACGUUGCUUAACAAAGCCGCGUCCUAAACAAUUUCAAACUCUUUAGAGGGUCUGAAUGGGGGGGUCAAAAUGUCGGUUGUCGGUUAUAAUUUCAUUACUUUGUCGGUUGUCGGUUGUCGGUUAAGAUUUUUGACCUUUGUCGGUUGUCGGUAAAUCUCAGUUAAUAAUUAAAAAUACUCGUUAAUUAUUGACAUUUAUUAUGCAAUUUGUCCAGUUUUAAGACUUUAAACUCUAGACGAAGUGUAAUACUUGUAAUAAUUCAGUAUUUGUUUUCACUUAAACCUCGUUAACGCUGUUUUUUAAUUUAGCAACGUGCUCAUCUACCCCACUUUUGUUUGCAAAACUAGUAUACUGAUAAAAUUCACCAAAGCUUUUAUUAUAGAUGUAAAUUUGUUUCCUGUCGACUACGGGGCAUCGAAGUAAAUCAAGAGAGGUAAAUUCUACAAAGAAUGAAACACCCACUCUAGCCCCUGGGAUACCUAAUUUUAAUUUGUAAGCUACGGAAGUCUUUUUUCCGAGACGUCCACAAAAACUCACUACACUUAUUAUUCAACGGCUCUCGUGGCUUUUCUACGAGGUUUCUUUUUUUUUCUCUUUUUUUUUGCUAAAAAUUUGGUUGUCAUACGUAUCAAUCUGCACCGUUAAAUGGAUUUUUUAACUGUUAGUACCUCUUACAUGUCGAGACGCACAAAUGCACGAACAGCCCUGCCGGAUCGGGUAACACACGCUCUGUUGACAACCUCUGGAUGUUCUUCAAAAUCUGAUUCCUCGUCAUCCGAAUCUGUCUCAUACUCAUCGAUUUGUACUUCUCUGUGACCCUCAAACACCUCAGUAACAUCCCCUUCGUCCACAAAUUGUAUGCUGACGAUACAGUGUUUUCUUCAGGAUAUCGAAGCCUCUCUUCAGACUCGUCGAUGUGGUGAACGGCGUAGACAGCUGGCGGCAAGGCCCCAGCCUUAUCUUUUGUGGUCUCACUCCUAACCGUCCGUUGGCGUACUGGUCUGUAACUCUCUAGCCACUCUUUGAUCUGUCCUUCCAUCCCUGGUGUUAUGUCCUCACUUGGCAAAGGUGUCAUCGUAGCUAUAGCAGAAAGGGGCAUGGCGGAUUGAGGUACCGGAUAGUAGGAUUUGUCAUGCGUGUAGUACUUUGCUGCCCAUCUACAUACAUUUAGCCCGGCAAAUUCUUUAUUUUAGCACGCAAAAUGCGCCACAAUGCCCAUCAAAGUAAUAAUAAUACAGUUUUUAGCCGGAAUUUAAAAGAAACUAUCUUUACAUAGCGAACGCACCAAGUGAGCGUUUUUCGUUGUAUAAACAAGGCAGUGUUUAUAAACAAGGAAUACCGCAGAAUUUCCAAAGUAGCGAAAUUUAUGACUUUUGAAAAUCAGGUAAACGAACUACAAGUGCUAAUUCAGCCCUACCAUCCUGAAACUUUUGAAGGUCUCCUUGUUGCCUUUCGUUUCUCUCGAUGUCACCUCCUUCAGUCAUGAUCCUCUUUGCCAGAUUUUCAUCUUCUUUUGCUUCUUCUCGUGAUUUCCGUUUCCUUCUCACUUUUGACUCGUCACCUUUCUUCUCAGUGUCGUUCAUUGACUCCUGCUUGCUUUUAUCAGAUGUAGCCGGCGCCUUCAGCAACACUACUGGCUUUCCGGUCCAGUUUGUGACCUCUUGGAUAAUGUGUACUAAAAUAUUAAACACCGUGUGUUUUAAGUUUUCUCUUUAGUAGGCUUUUGAGAAACUUACACAGUUCUUAUCAGCAUAUGCUCGUCAAGAUGUAUAAAACGUGCACAUCGGGCGAAAUCUCUCGUGCGUAGCUUCCCUCGAGGAGAGAAUUGAAUAUUAUUUGAACGUCUGGUUUUCAGAAACGAAUAAAUUUAAGGGCGUGUAUAAAUAAACGGGGUCUUUAAUAUGUUAAGCUGCACUGUUGUUCAUUCACCAAUUAAUCAGAAAGAAGCUUAUAAACUGAUUUACUCGCUACUUCUUUGUAGAGAUUUUUCUUACGAUUACGAGCCGCUGUUCUAGAAAUGAACCCACGCUGCUCACCGAAAAGAAGGAUCCCGUGGACUUAAAGUAAUUUGAAGACAAGAAAUUCUAUAAUUCGGUUAAAUUUGGAAUUAAUGUGGUUACGUCGGGUGAAGAAGGAUUUUCUGAGCUAGAAAUCAUCAAAAUGCUGUUCUUUCUGAAUACAAACAUCCCUAUCACGUCUGACCAUGUCGGUUGUCGGUUAGAAUUUAUUUGUCGCUAGUCGGUAAUUUUUUCCCCGUUUCGUCGGUAGUCAGUAAUUUUUUACGCCCUUUGUCGCUAGUCGGUUAACCCCAUUCACACCCUCUCUUUACGGUGGCCAAUUUACAUUAUCAACCAAGUCGCUAAUUUUAAAUUACCCUGCUAUACUCUCCCAACGACGCAGCACCAUAGUUUUUUUAGAAACUUACCUCCUUUAAUCUUCAAUUUAGCUAAACCUUUAAUCUGAACAUUUAUUUCUGUGAACAGUGUCAAAAGGACCGAAAGCUAGCAGUGCAGAGACAUUUAUUUAAUUAAAUGAGAGGUCAUCGAGAAAGUCUGAAGUCCACUGAUUGCGUAAAACCGUGCAUUGUGUUAGACCUCGUGAUAACAACCGGCCCUACGUAUUUUUGGGAUUUCUUGUAACCUUUUCUUUUUUCGAAGGAAAGAGACAUCCGUACAUGGAGUAUUAUAAUAUAAUGCAAUAAUGACAAAAAUAAUGGAAACUUUCGGAAUCUGUUCUUCACUGUUAUUAUGCUUCCGACCCCGAUCGAGUUCACUCAUUUAGGCUCUGUGCCUCAAAAAAGAAAAAAAACCAUAUCGGCAAUUAAAACAAAACUUAGUAAAGACAGAUUCGAACGGAGCCCUGUUGUAAAGAAGUCGGUCUUAUUCGAAAUUAAUGCAUACUAAUAAUUUAUUAACAACCGUGGAAUUUGAUCGUUGCGUUACAGAAGGUCUUUACUUUCCAAUAUUUGCGGUAUGAAAACAAAGUGAGAUGUAAAAGAAAGAAAAAAAACAACAAUUCAUUGCAUGCAGAAUUAAAUGUUGCCAUUGAAAAUGAGGGCUAACGUCUGAUAAAGAUAAAUAAAAUAAACCAUGAUAAUUUCAGUAUCAUUAGAUUUGCUUUGCCAUUAGCAGAUUAAGUGAAUUGAUGAGAUUCUGAGACAGACUCUGACCUUGAAAAACUGUCUUGUGUAGUAACGCAACUGCCAUGAAAACAAAACGGAAAAAAAGUUCCGCAUUCGUUUUUAUCAAAAAAAAUAUUAGAAGAUUUUGUGCUUUUGCAUGUAACAUCGCUUUUGACAUAAUAAAUCAACUUUUGGAAAUUUGAAAUUCGUGCUAAUGUGAAAUCUGGACUCCAUUACUUCGUAUCCAGUAAUAAACAAUAAGAUAAUGAGUAUCGAUCGAGAAAAGAGAAUGUGCGCACAACAUGUUUGUGCCUCUGAGUGCCCUCCUUCAGAGACGGAAGCAAAACUUAUUUCUCUAAUAUUCAAGUUGGUUUCGUCUUUAUUCUGUAUUCAGGACUGGGGAGUCCUUUUGAUAAUAUCAUACUUGUUCAAAGAACAUGCUUGAUAAAGUGAACUAGGCUGAGCAACGCUUCACCAAAAACAUUUAAUAUUUGAAAAUCGAAUUUUCUAUUGUCAUUCUUGUAAACGACUCAGUGGGAGGGAGAAUGAUGGCUCAUAACCAUUUUUCCCGUAGAAAAUGUACAUUCCCCUUAUCAUGGACAAAAAAAACGGACUAUGAGAACAGAAAUAUUAAGUUUAUUGUGCUGUAUAUAUAUCUAGAUAUAUAUAUAUAUAUUUUUUUUUUUUUGGGGGAAAGGGUGAGAUAUGAGGAAUAUGGUAAUUCCUCACCGGUACCAAAUCUUUAUUUGAGGUCGAUCGUCAUGAAUUCGCCACUGAAUUUUAAAAAAAUGUAUUAUGGUUGUUUACGAUUAUUUUCCUUUGUUUGUUCUUUUUCAUAGCAAUGAGACAUUCGUGCAACUCGCCAUGUCUUCUGGUUGCAAAUUUAGACCGCGUAUUAGCUUUGGAUUACGACAACAAGUCGAUAUUUCCAGUCGUUUCCAAUUUAUCAUCAGCUAUAGAUGUAGACUUUCAUUACAAUAAGGGCUACAUAUUUUGGUGCAACUUUCUAAGUAUCCAGCGCUCGAAUAUGGACGGCACAAACAUCACCGUUAUCCACAAUGAGACUUCCUGUUAUGGUUUGGCAGUAGAGUGGGACUCCUUGCAGCUGUAUUGGACCGGUUAUCACAACAAAACUAUAAUGGUAUCAGACCUCGAUGGAAAUAACAAACGCAUUGUUUUCUCUUCGCUCUCUGGACCAACCGAUAUCGUUCUUGAUCCACACCAAGGGUAAGUACUGUAUGAACGCGUGAAAGAUCCCGCAAACCAAUUAUUAAUUAGGGAGACUUUUUCAAAUAAAAUCUAAGGUUGAGAUAAAAUGGUGAAGUAAAUGCUGAUAAAUCUAAUAACCGAUGCAGCUGAGUGAUUUUCUCCACAGAUUGAUGUUUUGGAUUGCUAGGGGAAAUAUUUCUAAGGUGGAAAGAUCUACUUUAUACGGAACACAGCGUGUCACUAUAGCGGUACAUAAUGUUACGUAUUCAACUGGUAUCACUCUUGAUAGA